ACAAAAGAGAAGGAACUCAUGGAGUUGAGUAAAGCAGUAAAUGAGAGUAGAUCAAAGAUGGAUGUGGCUCAGUCUGAACUAGAUAUCUACCUAAGUCAGCACAAAUUUGCUUUGGACCAACUCAACCAGGCUAAGGAAACCCUGGCUACUAAUAUUGACACACUUAAAGAAAGAAAGGCAACAAUUAAAGACAUGGAAAUAAAAAUACCACAGUGUGAGCAAGAACUGCUGAAGUUUUUCAUCUUGUUGCUCAUGAUCUUUCUGUUGGAGAUUAUUGGAGGUAUUCUCUUCUGCGUCUACAGGAAUCAGAUCGACACUUAUGUCCGAGAUGAUCUGAAGGAAGGUCUUUGGUUGUUUGAGACGGACGGAAACAUUGGCCUGACAAAUGCUUGGAGCAUCAUCCAGACUGAUUUUGGCUGCUGUGGAGUUUCGAACUACACUGACUGGUUUGAGGCCUUCAACAUGACGCAAGUGCCAGACUCCUGCUGCCAGGAAUACAGUGUGAGCUGUGGCCUCCACUCCCCAGACACAUGGUGGAAAGAU